UAAUAUUUGACUUAUAAUAAAAUUUCACAAAUUGGAAUUAUGAUUUGUUGGGGUGAUCGUAGGAAUUGUGGCGUGCUACUUCUAGAAGAUGACGAAGGCACUACCGAGCGCUGUCGGUGCAUUCGCGAUGAGUGUAUAGACGAUCUCCCACUUGAUAAGAGACAAAGGCCAAAGGAAACCGAAUUUAAGAAAGUCCUUAGAAACUUGGACAACAGAACGACGAAAGACUUACGGCAGCUUAAUGAUAUUUUAGCUAUUAAAUCGGUUUGCAAAGGCGCAGACUAUGGCGAGCAACGAAAAAUAGCCAUCGAAACUAUAGAAAAAACCCUGCAAGCUCUUGAUUUUGAAGUGGAAGUUGUUGAAAUAGGCUCAGAUGUGGACAAAGGAGCAGAUAGGCAUUUUGUCAUCUUCGCCGACUAUUUUUCGACGCCUAUUAAAAAUACGAUACUGGUCUACGGCAAUGUCGACGUGAUGCCAAUAACUGAGCGCGAAGCAAAAAAGUGGAUACAUGAUCCCUAUAAACUGACACAAAAGAUGGGGACUUUAUACGGGCACGGAGUGGCAACGUCCAAGGGUCCUAUACUUUGUUGGAUACAAGCAGUGUCGGCUUGGAUGGAGGAGACGCGCGACUUGCCUGUGAACUUUCGCUUCAUCAUCGAUACGAACCACAACAAUGGCUGCAGUGGUCUAACCGCACUAUUCGAUGAGCGACCGGACUUCUUUCUGCCCGUGGAUUUGGUGAUUUGCUGCACAAACCAUUGGAUUUCGGAGCACAUGGCUUUGAUUUCCACCAGCCACAGCGGUUACAUUCAUUUCUCGCUGGAGGUCAUGGAGGAUCCAACUAAAGAAGGGGGACGCGAACCACUUGCCGAUUUGAGUUUGCUCUUAAACUCGCUGGUGGAUGAGAAAAAUAAUAUACGUGUGCCGAACAUAGAUCGCCACGUGCGACCCUUAACUCACUCCGAUUAUAUUAUACUGACCAAAACGGAAUAUGGCAUAAGUGAACACAAAACCAAUAUGGGCGCCUCCAGACUGCCGCAUGACAGCUGUAAGGCCGAAAUGCUGAAGCACAUGUGGUGCAAACCAAGUCUCAGCAUAAACAGCGUCGAUGCCAAGUUUUGCAAUAGCUCCCGGGAUCUUUACUACCCCAAGAAAGCGACGGCUACUUUCACCAUCAAAAUAAUCCCCGAUCAGAGUAUUGAUUACAUCUUCUACCAAGUAAGUGAAUAUCUCAAUGAUGUUUACAAAAAGAAUUGCUGCAAAUCCAUCGCGAAUCUUCGCGUCGUCGAGAAGCUACAUCCGCUGCAUGAGCCUCGACAUUCCCCUGUCGAUCUGGCCGCGAAAGAUGCCUUCAACCGUGUUUAUGGACGCGAAACGGCGCACUCCGAAAAUAUCUGCAUCUGCAUCCCCAUCCUAAAUAAGUUACGAAGAUAUUGCAGUAAGGACUCCCAUGCACUGCCAUUGCCUUUUUGCUCGACCCACACUCGACCCAAUCGGCCAAACGAGUCCAUUCCGGAGGUGAUGUAUGUAAAGAACCGCCUUCUUUUUGCAACUCUCAUGUACGAAGUGGGCCAAAUACCCGCCUUUUGCAAAUGUCGUCGAAUUCGGAACUAUUGCAGACUGCACGGCAAGACAAAGGAAGUCGAUUACACCCGUGUGGUCGACGUCCGCAAGCAACUCAACACCUACCUUGUCAAUGAAUAUGAGCAAAACAGGAUCGUUCAGUUCAAGGACUCUGAUGUGCCCACUGCCCGCGACACUCUACUCCAAGGUAUCUCGAAAGAACUGGAUUAAACCAGGAAUGGAUCUAUCAAGUCAUUUAAAAAACGGAUCUUACUAUACUUCAAACGCACAUGUACAGAGUAUUUAAAAGUCGAGACACCCGACGUGUGCUUCUCCACUUGUUCAAAAUUGACCGAUUGGAUGAAAUUUAAAAUAAAAGAAAGAACUUAUACAUAUGUAUAUUAAUUAUGAGCAUUUUCAAAGGAUCGGUAGCUUUGGAAUUGUGUUUCCUGGGAAUUACGAGAGUCUACUUACCAAAGUCAACCAAC